AUGGAACUCAACCGAGAACAUUUUCGCGAAAUAAUUUAUUACAACUUUCAGAGACAAUUAUCGCAACAAAAAUGCCUUGCUGAACAUGUGACAUAUCGCGAGAUUGAGGCGUCUUUGAAGAUUUCAAAGACCGCAAUUCAAAAAAUUUUACAUGAAGAAUUAGGAGUAAGAAAAUUAGUUUCUCGUUGGAUACCCCACCUGUUGACUGAAGAGCAGAAAGCAGCCAGGGUUAAUUGGUGUCAAAAAACGCUUGACCGUCUCAAUUCCGGAAACUCAAAAAAUGUGUACAGCAUUGUUAGUGGUGAUGAAUCGUCGAUUUACUGUUAUGAACCAGAAAAUAAACGACAGUCGGCUGUUUGGGUGUUCCAAGGUGAAGAAAACCCAACAAAAGUCAUCCGUUCUCGAAGUCAAAGAACUGUUACUGCGGAUUGGUAUACGACCAUUUGUUUGCCAAAAGUCAUCACCGAGCUUCGAAAAAUCAACCACGAAAGAAGAAUCAUCCUCCAUGCAAGCUCGCACACAGCCCAAAAAACAAGGCAGUAUUUAACGGAAGAAAACGUGGAAUUACUGGACCAUCCUCCAUAUAGUCCCGAUCUAAGUCCUAACGAUUGCUUUACUUUCCCGAAAAUUAAAAACAGACUGCGUGGUCAAAGGUUCCAGUCACCAGAAGAAGCAGUUGACGCAUUCAAAAAUGCCGUUUUGGAUCUCCCAGCAAACGAGUGGAAUAAGUGCUUCGAAAAUUGGUUCGAGCGCAUGCAGAUGUGUAUUAAUCUUCGUGGAGAAUACUUCGAAAAACAAUAAAGUCAUUUAAAACUA